UAGAAGCCAACCAUUAAUUUUUUCUUCUCCCCUUUACUCAAUGACGAAGACACCAUCUCGAUCACUUGAACUCCCUUUCCUAGCAAACAGCCAAACACAACCAGUCUUCAUAUAUAUAUCCCAACUCCCACAACCCUCUAAUUCACACAUCCUCCUUGAUAUCAUUCUUUUUUAGUCUUUGAUCCCAAAUUGAGCCCUUUUUUUUUUUCUGUUUGGAAAAUGGAUAACAAAGCUAAUAAUGGGGAUUGGGAAGCAUUCGAUGAAGAGGACGCUCUUUCUUUAUGCAACCUCACCAUGCAAGAAGAUUACUGCAACAACUCAUCAUCAUCAGCCCAUCAAAGCCCUAUAGCCAAUGAUUUCUUCGAGUUCUCCAAUGAAUCAUCCAGCCUCAAUCAUGAUGAUCCCAAUUACCACAGUGCCCCUGAUGUCAUUUUCUGCGGUAAACUCAUGGUUCAGGAAGAUGAAGAACAAGAAGAACUUAACGAAUACCAGAAGAGAGAUUACUUGGCCAUGGUCAAAUCCAAUUCUUUCCGUAAGCCUUCAUCUCGUUGUUACGAAAGCAAUCACAAAGAAGUUGAAGAAGAUCCCACUAAUGAUAAUAACAAUAAGUCAUUAAGGUUUUCGGGUUCGAAAUCUCAGAUUCAGAAUCAGACCCAUUCUUCUUCCCCGUAUCAUCACCAUCAUCGUCAUCAGGUUCAGAAAGUCAACAUAAGCUCGUUGACUUCGAUGUCGGCCAAGUCCCGGCGAAGGAUGUUCAUGUUCGGCCCCGUGAAGUUCAAGCCGGAGAUGGAGCUGAGUGCUAUCAAGGAGCGCCAAGGCAAGCGUCUGACCACCCUUCUGUCGCCUCCCACGGUGCUGGACGGCGGAAAGGCGGUGGUCAACGACGGCCGGAAGAGGGGUAGCAGCGGCAGUCACUGGGGAGUGGUGAAGUCGUCGCUGAGGGGGAGGGCCCACCUGAGUAAUGUGUUGACCAGGUCGUUUGUUUUUGGGUGCAUUCCUGCCGGUAUGGUUGGCGCCAACGGAGGCAACUGGGUCAAAGUCGCCAAUUAGUGCUACAUUGCCAAGUUUGUAUUACGAUGAUCUACUAUUAGUUAGUGCCACAGGGUUUAUUUGUAAAUUAAAGUAUUCUUCUCAUCUAAGAUAAAUACAAGUGGUUCUGUGAAUCAUAACUCAUGACGGGUUUUCCCCUAAUUUGUUAAGAGUUUAUUUUGUGCAUUAUUUGCGUGAUCAUGUUUAAGGAAAAGAAAAUGAUAAAAAGUAGUACUAUAUUCUCCGUCCAGAAAAAAAUAAAAAUAAAAAUUGAUCCCUUACUAAUAAAAAUUGAGUAUUAUUAUUCACGGAUAAAGAGAAUGAAUACUAAUACUUAUAUUUCGUGUGCGGGAUCAUUUGCUUCAUGUAUAUGCAAUAUUAUUCUUAGCCUAUCACACCGUGGAGUAUACCUUCAACAACAA